AUGUCUAAUUCCGUCCCAGCUUUAAAAGAAGAUAUAUUAGAGUUAAUAGGUAAUACACCUUUAGUCAAACUCAACAAAAUUCCUCAAAGUUUAGGUAUUAAAGCUAAAAUUUAUGCUAAAGUUGAAUUAUUUAAUGCUGGUGGUUCCAUCAAAGAUAGAAUUGCAAAAAAUAUGGUUUUAGAAGCUGAAAAACAAGGUAAAAUUGAACCAAAUUCUGGUUAUACUUUGAUUGAACCUACUUCAGGAAAUACAGGUAUUGGUUUGGCUUUAGUUGGUGCUGUUAGAGGUUAUAGAACUAUAAUUACAUUACCUGAAAAAAUGUCAAAUGAAAAAGUUUCAGUUUUAAAAGCUUUAGGUGCUGAAAUUAUUAGAACUCCAACUGAAGCUUCUUGGGAUGCACCAGAAUCUCAUAUUGGUGUUGCAAGAAAAUUAGAAAAAGAAAUUCCAAAUUCAGUUAUCUUAGAUCAAUAUGGUAAUGUUGCAAAUCCAAAUGCUCAUUAUUAUGGAACUGGUUAUGAAAUUUGGCAACAAACUGAAGGUAAAGUUACUCAUUUAGUUGCUGGUGCAGGUACUGGUGGUACUAUAACUGGUAUGUCUAAAUAUUUAAAAGAACAAAAUGAUAAAGUUGUUGUUGUUGGUGCUGAUCCAAAAGGUUCUAUACUAGCACAACCCGAAAGUUUAAAUACUUCAACUGAAGGUUAUAUGGUUGAAGGUAUUGGUUAUGACUUUAUUCCUGAUGUUUUAAAUAGAAAAUAUGUUGAUAAAUGGAUUAAAACUGAUGAUAAAGAAUCAUUUAAAUUAGCGAGAAGAAUUAUUAGAGAAGAAGGUAUUUUAGUUGGUGGUUCUUCAGGAAGUGCAUUACAAGCAGCUAUUGAAAUUUCUAAAAAUUUAACUGAAGAUGAUGUUGUCGUUGUUGUUUUCCCAGAUUCAAUUAGAUCUUAUUUAUCUAAAUUUGCAGAUGACGAAUGGAUGAUUUCAAAUGGAUUUGAAGUUGAAGAUAAUUCACAAACAAAUGGAGCUGAUGAUAUUUUAGCUAAUAAAACAGUUGCAGAUUUAGUUGCAAAUAAAUCUCCAGUUGUUACUGUUGAAUUACAAGAUACUGUAAAUAAAACUUUUAAUUUAUUAAAAGAUAAUGGUUUUGAUCAAUUACCAGUAUUAAAUAAAUCUGGUCAAUUAAUUGGGUUAAUUACAUUAUCAAAAAUUUUAAAAACAUUAUCAACUAGAAAGAUACAAAUGACAAAUUCAAUUUCAUCAAUUAUAAUUGAUUUUAGAAAAUUAAAAGAUUUCGAAAAAUCAUUUACAAUUAAUAAAAAUUCUGGAUUUACAAAAAGACAUUAUGAACCAAUUACUUUAGAUACUAAAUUAAAUGUAUUAAAUAAAUUUUUCGAAACCAAUUCAAAUGCAAUUAUAACUGAUUCAGAUUUAAAACCAGUUCAAAUUGUUACAAAAGUUGAUUUAUUAAGUUAUUUAUCAAAGAAUUUAUAA